CACGAGGUGAAUCAUUUUACAUAAACGUGUCAUUAGUUUUUUUUUUUGUAAGAUCUUCUGAGGAAAAAUAAAAAAAAACUUGUGUAAAUACAACAGUGAAAGAAAUUAAAUAGUAAAUAGAAGAUAAAGCAAAUCGGAGCAUGAUGAACGACACAUCAGUUUUAGUACAACAUUCAUCAAAUUUUCAAUUUCUAUCUGUUUGUCACUAUAUUACAACUUUGGGAAUUAUUUUUUACAACAAAGGUCUAAUUACAUUGAAUCAACGACAUCAGACUGUUUCUGUACUAAAUAAUUAUUUUAAAUAUCUUAAUAAUUCCAACAAUAAAAUCGAAACAAAACUUCAGCUUCUACAAAUAAUAUUGAAAGGAACCGAUCUCUACGGUGGUGGCGAAAAUGAAACACUCGAUACAAAAUACGUUGAUGAAACAUAUCAGUACAUCAUCAACAGUGCUCUAUUUUCACACUAUGGUAAUAUUAACGGAUAUUUAGCAAAAAUAAUCAACAAGGCAGAUAAUACAUCCUAUUCCACGCUGAUGAAAACUAUAAAGCAGGAAUUCUUUAACAAUUACACAAUUAUAGAUUACUGUUCAAAAACAAACAAAAGCCCGAAACUUAAUUUUUUGUCAGCUAAAACAAUUUUUUUUGAAUAUAUUCUGCCAAUAUUUCCCGAGCCAGAAAAUAAAGAUAUGAACAUAAUGGAAGUGGAUUAUUUAUACGCAAUGGCUGGUUUAAAAAUUGUCAAAUCCAUACUUGGAGAAACACUAAACGCUUCGUUUGGUGAUUUAAUUUCAAUUUCACGAGAGUUUGAUUUACAAGAGGCUUACGGUAACGAAACUUAUGAAAUAAUGUUAAAUGUUUUCUCAACACCGGCACUAUUUUUUUACGCCUCUAAGAAAAAAGAAACAUUCAGAGAAAAAUAUCAAAUUUCAUCAAAUAUAGAAUUUUGGACUGAAGCUUAUAAGAUUUUAUUUUCAUAUAUUAAUGCAAGAUUAAAUAAUUUUGUACAUCAAUUUUUUGACAAUAUUCUUCUAUACAAACUUGAGAAGGAAAUGAGAGAAUUAAAAAAUCGAAGAUUAUUGGCAACAACUAUACUAGAGAAAUAUUGUACUUAUUCUCAUUUUAAAAAUCAUUCAUCUGAAUUUGUGACAAACUAUAUGUCAUAUUCUCAUAUUUUUGUAAAAUUAUUUCUUCCUUCUGGUUGUUUUUUAGAAAAUCUACCCGAAUUGCAAGUUGUCUAUGAAAAUCAAUUUAAAAAUGUACAAAAGACAUAUAAUGAAAUUGAAAAGAUUAGAAUUAAAAAAUUUAUAAUAGAAAACAAUUUUGAAGAAAAAUUGAAUUCAAAUGUUACUGUGAUGUCAGCAAGAGUACUUUACGAUCCUUUUAGAACAUACAACGGUCCAUUAAUAAAAAAACAGAUAAACAAUGACAUUUACCUAUUAUUUUCAAUACAGAAGGAAAACAAUAUGACAGAAUUUUUUGCAAUUAAAGAGGAAAAGAAAAAUUUAACUUUACUUACAAACAGUGGGAAGGAGCAAAAUUUUUCUAAAGCAGUUACUAAUUUAUUCACUUUCCCAAUAGAUAGUGGUGAAUAUUCCACAAUUCUUAAAAAAGCUAAUGAAAAUAGCGAAGCAUUUGCUGAGAGAAUUGCAGAAAUAAAGACAACACAAUUUGUAAAUAAUCUAAUGGAAGACUAUAAAAAUGAAACUACAAAAGAGAAGGUUUUUAAUUUUGUUAAAGUACUUGUACCAUUUUACAAUUGUAUUGAAAAUAUAAUAGCAAAAAAUGCAGAAGAUGCCGUAAUUAGUUGUUCUCUAGAUGUUCUCACCUUGAUGCCUGUAACAGGUCUUGCUGCAAAAUAUUCAACAAAAAUAACCACCAGCUUAGCAACUAGAUUAAGCGAAAAAUAUGUAAUCAGUACAACCUUAUCAAGUGCCACUAAAUUUAAUUCAUUAUGCCAAAUUGCAAAACUAAUUACCAAAACCGUUUCGCAGGAAAUUCUUACCAAGUCUUUGUUAAAAGAUUUAUCUAUUACCUUCCUACGAGUUAUAGAUCCUGGAUUUGAAUUAAUCAGCAGCUUAGGGAAGUUUGGCUAUCAAAAAUUGCACAAGAUUUAUAACACUAUGAUUCAAAAAAUUCCAAAGAUCAAUACAAGUCUAAAAUUGUUAUUAACAACUUUGUUAAAAAAGCUUAAUACGAAUAUGAAACUGUCAACAUUUAAUGGUCUGAUACCAAAGGUUGUAAGAGAAGAGAAUAAUUAUAAACUCGUUCAAUACUAUUAUCCGAACGGUGAAAAUUUCUUUGGACCCAAAUGCAUAUCAUCAUUUGGAAAUACUGCAGAACUAAGAACCAUUGAAGGCAAUUUAUUUCAAGUUCCCGUGUUGCCAGUAAAAGAUAACAUGAACAAAAUUUCCUAUCGUGAAUAUAAUCCAUCAACUAACGAAAUUUCUAAUAUAAAACUGGAAAUGGAAGAAAAUGAUCUACUACGAAGUAAUCUACCUUAUCUGGAGGAGACAAAAAUAAUACCCUAUAAAUUUAAUCCGAAAACACAAUUAAAAGGAGGUUUGUCAACUGAUGAUAUUCCUUCAACAUCAAAAGAAUCCUCACAACUUUUUUCUACGGAUACUUUGCCAAAUGUUGAUAUUACUGUAAUGGACAGAAAAGUGCUUAUUCGGAGACUUAUUUCUUUUUUUAAUCUACAUAAAGAUACGAAAAUAAUAAAUGAUGUUCAAAUUUAUCAUAAUACGAUUGAAUGGAAUAAGACGCCAAUGAAUAUUAAUCAUAAUUUAAAUGGAAAUGUUAAUUUUCCUUCAAAUAUUAAUCUCCAUAAUUCACCACAAGGAGUGACAAAUGAAAAUAUUCCUAUUAAUUUACCAGAAAGUUCAUCAAAUAUUCCUAGAACACCAAUGGAAUCUGAACAAUCAGUUAAUGGAGGUUUACCAACUGAUGAUAUUGCUUCCACUUCAAAGGGAUCAAGUCAAUUUAAUUUUCAAGUAAGUGUAACGAGUACUGACUUUUCUGAUGUGAAUACAAAAAUUGCAGUUAAUUUUCAUUCCAAUACGAAUCAAUUGGAUAAGACGCCAAUAAAGAAGAAAAAGUCUAAUGCAGAUGAACAUUUAAAUCCAGAUUUGUCUUUAAUUAAAAAUAUUAAUUCUGAUAGUUCACUUGAAACAAUGAAAAAUCCUCCAUCUGGAGAAAUUAAUUCAAAAGAAAAUUUUUCUGCACGUCGUACUGGAAUUUUAAUGGAUUCAGUACAACCUCUUACAAAAGAAAUUUUGCCUCAAAUUCCCUUGAAUCAUUACAUUGACGAAUUAGGCGAAGAAAACUACAAUUUAUACGUUGAAUCAUUAAAGAAAUUUAAAAAGCAAGGAUUACAACUUAUAAAGGAAGAUAAAUUUACCAUGCAAUCAGUUCGAUUACUUCUCAAUUAUUUAUCUCAAUUUCAAAAUAUUGAUACAACUUUAAAUGAAGUAAAAAAACUUUAUUUUCAUCAAACAAUAACUUAUUCCAUAAUUAUUGAUAAUUAUUUAAGUAAAUUAAAAGGAUCCAAUUUUUAUUUUAAUGACAUUACACUAUUAAACGAUAUUAAACCAAAUAAUAUUAUCAAUAAAAAAUUAUCAUUAACUAAUACCGAAAUAGAAGUUCUCUAUUGUGUAAAUUUUCAUUCUAAAAAUGGAUUUAUCAAUCUUGCUGAAUUUCAUGAUAGUUUUAAAAACGAUUACAUUGUAUUUCCAGAAAUUUCAUUCAAUGUACAUAGUGUAAAAUUUUUAAAUAAAAAUCGUCUAUUAAUUUUAGAUUUAAAUCAAAAAUCAAUGCCAAUUUCUGAUUGGAUGGCAAUUAGAGAAAGAGAUUUAAUUUUACUUGAUAUUGAAGAAAUAGAAUCAACUAAAAUAAUAAAAUGUAUUGAGAAUGCUGCUUUAUCAAUAUCAUCUAAAUUUCUUUUACAAAGAUUUAGAGAUAUGAAAAUAAUUUUUAAAAAAUUUAUUUUAAAUACUGAUCAAUAUACAAGUAAUGUUCCUACUUAUGAUGAAUUGGCAAAAGAUUAUUAUGUUAAUUUUAAAAUUCCAAAGAACUAUAAACAGUUUGAAAUAUUUAAUGGUCCUUUUAUUGAUGAUGUAUUGUUUUAUGAUAAAUUACAUAAAAUUAAUUCAUUGGAAUCGGCAAAACAAAUAAUUAAUCAAUUAUUUAGUGGAGUUUAUUUACAGAAUGUUGAAUUUGUAUUUAAAAUGUAUCAGAGUGUAUCAUUAAUUGAAAAUCAAAUUCGAUUUGAAGAUUACUAUGUUAUAUAUUCAUAUUUUUCUAAUACUUUAUCAAUAGAUGUAAAUGGACAAAAACGAUUAGCAAUUUCAUUAUAUCGACUUGCUUUAAGACAGUCUAUGAAUGAAAUGCUAAUAAAUAAACCAAUUACUCUUUAUACUGUUUUUGUUGUAAAUAAAUUAAAUGGUCAUGUGCCAAUUUUAAAAAAAAUGAUUGGCUGUUAUUCAAAUCGGGAAAAAGUAAUUAAAGAUUUUCCACUCAUUAAACCAUGGGAGAAAAUAAUAUUGUGUGAAUUUGAAAUGUUUAACGAGGCAGGAAUAGCAAAUAUUGGUCGUGUUUUUCCAUUUGAAAAAGAAUUUUAUAUUAUUCCUCAAGAAGUACAAUUUAUGAAAAUUCGCAAGCACACUGAAACCAUUAACGGAAUGUUAAUUACCAUUUAUAAGUUUAGUAAAAUCAAUUUUAUUCAAGAGAAACUUAUUGCUAAAUUAGCAGUUAAGUUAAAUACUUUACUAUCAUCAAAUGUUAAGUUCUACGUUAAUGAUAUCUAAAUAAAUUUAAUAAUUGUUUUUUUUUGAGCUGAAAUAAAAUUUUUUCCCUUGAUAUUAAUUUAUUAGAGUGUAAAAAUACCUUAAUAUGAUAACUAUAAUA